AUGUCGACAAAGAAUAUCCAACUGAUCUCUUUAAGAAAAGAGCUCAAAGACUGGGAACAUAAUUUUAUUAAUAUUCAACAUCGAUCACCAACAAAAACCGAUAUAAACGCCAAUCCAACAAUUCAAUACAAAUAUAAGCAAUAUUCACAAUUAAAGAGAAAACAAACCAAAACCCCCAGUUUAAAGGCGACUAAGAUACAGAGGCAUUCUCAAAAACAUAGAGAAAUAAGAAGUCCCAUAGUGAAACAUGAUGAAAAUAAUACAGUUAUUGAGAUUGGGCCAACCCCUCAAAUAUUCGGAAAAUCUAUCAGUAUAUUUGAAUUAAAUUUAUCCCCUGUAAAAAGGAAGUUACAAAUACCUGAUGAAAUGAAUGGCAAUCUAGGAGAACAGAGUAUCGAUGGUGAAUCUGCGGCAAUCGUAGGAAAUAACAUCUUUGGGAUGGAUUUCAACGAUUCACCAUUUAUUGAGGAUUCUAUUGAUAUACAACCUUUGACAGAGCCUAGUAGUGAUUCUACUACUAUUAGCAGCAUGGUACCAGAUUUGAAUAAGUUAAUGAUUCCAAUGAUGAAAAAAUAUGGUCCUAAUUCUCCAUUAAAGUUACCUAUUGAUCUAAGUGUCCAAAUACGGCCUCGUACACCAAAUGAAAAGAGAAGAAUUCGUGCUAUACAGGAGAAUAGUUCUGAUUCUUCAGCAAAUACACCACCAUCGUUAUGGAAAAGAAAUAUUUCCAAAUCCUUGAGAGAUCUCGAAGACGAAUAUCUCGAAGCCUCGAAGACGUUUGUACCAAAGCAGAUACAUGAUAUACAGCAACAACAGGACACCAAGAAUACCAAUAGUAAAGACAACUUAUCUGCAAAUGACGCCAAUGAUGAGGAUAGGAAUAUAAUACCUAAAGGUAAAAGAAGAAAGUUUCGUAUCAGAAGAUUUGAGGAUAAAUCUACCAAAAUGGAAGGCUCUACUACAAUUAAAAUUAACCUGCAUAAACGGAUGCACAAAUUAAAGAAAAAGCAAUUAAGAAAAAUUAUGAAGGAUUUAGAUAUGGAAGAUCAAACUAUUUUCAGUGAAAGUGAAGAUGAAAGUGAUCAUAAUGAAGAUCAAGUAUCUAGUCAAAAGAAAAAACCAUCACGUAAGAAGAAAUAUAAUUUGGUUAGCAACAAUUUCAGAAGAUUAAAAUUACCCUCUAAAAAACGUAAUAAUUUCACCAAAAGGUUCCAUAGACGUUAG